GCCCGCCGCCGCCGCCACCGCCACCACCACCACCCGGAUCCGGAUCCGGACCCGCAGGACGCGGCGACAACCGGUGAAUCCUCUAGUCAACUAGUUUUGGGCUUUGGGGUUUUUUUUAUUUUUUUUUUUUAACGUGGACGGAUAAAAGAUGUGCCAUGGAAGGAUAACACCAAAGAACAACUCAGACUCUCGGUUUGCCUCACUGGGUCAUGGAUUCUUUCUUAUGCUCAUGACCUUAAGCACUUUGUUCCCCGAGGGACUGACCUCAGCUGCUAGGGAGCAUCACCUGGGGAGAAACAAAGCCCUCCACCCUGGAAGAGGAGAGAUAAAGGGAUUGACAUCACAGAAAGUGUGCCCCCAGCCACCAGCACCGGAGAAUGGUGGCUUCUCGUGCCACCCAUCCCCCUGCCAGUACCCCCUGACGUCGGACAGCAUCAUCGAAUACCUGUGUGAUGAGGGCUACACUCUGAAGGGGGAUGACAAAUACCUGACCUGUAAGAAUGGGGAAUGGGACCCGCCCACGGAGAUCAGCUGCCUUCCUAGCCAAGUGUGUCCCAAGCCACCAGCACCGGAAAAUGGGGGCUACGUAUGCCACCCCACGCCCUGCCAGUACCCCCUGACAUCGGGCAGCGUCAUCGAGUACCUGUGUGAUGAAGGCUACAUGCUGAAGGGGGAUUACAAAUACCUGACCUGUAAGAACGGGGAAUGGGACCCUCCCAUGGAGAUCAGCUGUCGGCUUAGCCCAGACACGAAAUCUCACCCGACGAUUGGCGUGCCCACCUUGUCUAUCGUGGCCUCCACAGCCAGCUCAGUGGCACUCAUCCUCCUCUUAGUUGUGCUCUUUGUUUUGCUGCAGCCGAAACUGAAGUCCUUCCACCACAGCAGACGUGACCAAGGGGUGUCCGGGAACCAAGUGUCCAUCAUGGUGGAUGGGGUCCAGGUCUCCUUGCCCUCGUAUGAGGAAGCAGUCUACGGCCACACUGGGAACCAAGGCCCCCCGACAGACUCCCGCAUCCAGAUCGUGCUGUCCGAAGGGGCUGGGCCGAGUGGCGUGAGGGAGAUGCUGCAGCAGCAGGCCCCGGACCGGGACCGCGACCGCGACCGGGGUGCCCCCGGCUCCUGUCCAGCUGGGGGAGAGGCCGAGGCCCUGGGCCAGCCGGGGUCAUCAGGCGAGGCGCAUGGCGCCCAGCGCUCAGAGACUGCUAUCGUGCACCAGGCCUGCGCCUCAGCCUCUGCCUCUGCCGCAUCCUCCUGGAUGGCGGCCCGCAAAGAUGCAUCAGACUCCGAAAACAGUGACAUCCAAAGUCUUUUGUCCCUCACUUCGGAGGAAUACACAGAUGAUAUUCCAUUGUUGAAAGAAGCAUGAGGUCUUCUGUGGGCUCCACCCGGCCUCCUUCCUCUUUGCUGCGUCCUUUCCUUCCCCCUACCCCCUACUCCUUUUGGGUUUCAAGCACUCAGUGCUGCCUCUGCCCCCAGCCCUGGGACCCCAGUGGCCUGCCCCGCGGAGGACAUCUUCGAGGAGAAGAAUCCCAGCUGGAAAUCCGCAGGGCGGAUCGAUGAUCGACCAGAGCUGCCUCCGGCCCCUCCUGCCUGCCCACGUCUGGGCUGUGCUUUCUCCCUCUGUCCUCCACCCUCCCCUCUCUACUCUCCCAUGCCCCCCCGGACAGCCGUUAGCUGGUGGCUCCCACAGACCCAGUUGGGCCUGAAAGCCGCUGCGAUCAUGUGUGCCUUCCCCCCCCCCCGCCCCCCCCGCUCCCGCCUCACACCAGCUUUGCUGCUUCCCACAGGCCUUACCGGCUGCCCUCGGCCGCUGCUCCCCGUCUCCUUUCCCUCCCCAGGUGAGAACAGAAGUCAGGGGAAGCCCCCCCUUAGCCUUCCUUGUGCGGGACUGCAGAUCCCUCCAGCCCCUGGAGGCCAUCUUAGAGAGAGGGCAUGGAGAAACUCCCAGACUCCUGUUGGCCCCAGGACCUGGAAAGGAGGUACGGGAGACCAUAUGAUUGAAGCCAGCGUGGGGGUCGGGGUCAGGAUGGGUUAUCUUUCUUUCUUUAAUAUGCAAUGCCCCCCUUCCUGCUCCUAGCUUCCCCCAACUUUUGGCCCUGCAGUGUGGGGGUUGUCUUGAAUUGCCCUAAGCGACUCCCAAUACUUAGCAGCAGACCACUGGGAGGUGGCCUGUCCCUGGGAAUAACACUCCUCCCCUUCUCCCCGUGUUCUACAACUGGGGGAGAUUUCCCAGAGUGUGGCACCUAUUUGCUCUCCACUUGCUGCAAGAGUGGCCUCCCCCUGGGCCAGUGGUUUUCCUGGUCUCUCCAGCUCAGAAUGGGGUAGGGGAGGCCCCCUGGUACUGCUGUGUUGGGGGGCUCUGAGCUCACCUUCUAUCUUCAGCCCUAACCUUUCCCUCCCCUCUCCCCACCACCCUGCUCCCUUCCUCCUCUUCCUCCUCAGGUGUCUCAGCUGGCCCCCUCGUCUUCCUGGCUUAUGCGGGGAUGGCAGUAUGGUGGGGGGGGAGGGCGGUGCUCAGGGUCUCUCCUUCCCACUCACCUGGCUCUGCUUGCCCAGAGCCGGCGGGUGAAUGUGACUUGAGCAGUGUUGCCGUAGGGGCCGGGCAGUGCGGGACCUCCAGAGAGCCCGAGGUGGUUCAGGAUCAGGAGGGAAGCAUUGGCGCACUCAGGGUCAGAUUGCCCUCGGGUCCUGUAGCGCGCGGCGAGUCCCUGUGAGCUUCCCGCCCAGGGAGCGCCCGGUCCCAGCAGACCAGGGUGUUGGGAGGUGGGUUGGGUGCCAAGGCUGUGGAGAAACACCUGUGGCACAAUUGAGGCGGAAGGAGCGUCAUAGUGAUCACCAAUUGUGUGGAUGGUGGAAGUUGUCUCUCCAGGCUUUGGGGACCGGCAGCUUGGAGGGUUGUACCAGCUGCCUUAGGUGUGUGAUGGGGGGAAGAAUGGGGGUGGGGAGACUCAGUAGAGAUCAGCUGGAAGUAGAAGCUUCCCUCAGUCAGCAGCACCCCUUUCCCACCCCCAACCCCCAUGCACUUUACCGCAUUCUGUACGUUCCGAGUCCCUGCAGUAGGGAGCCGUUUAUCUUAAACUCGGGGUAGGUAUCUUCUGACCCUUGUAACCUCCGUCUUCCCACUCGCCACCCCCAAGAUCAGCCGGGUGGGAAGGAAGAGGCCGAGGAGCCGCGGGCCAGAGGUAGAAAAGAGAGUCUCAGAGUUAGGAGGCCAUCUAGUCCUCCUGCUCCAGGCCUUCCCUUCCUUCCCACCCUGAGCAGGGCACAAGCUGGCUUUGGGCUGGGACCCAAGGCUGGCCUGAGAUCGCAAGGGAGCAGAAAUUUUACAAAACCAUCCUAGCUGGCGAAGUCAGAAGGCAUUCCCAGCCCCCAAGGCCAGUCUGCUCCUCCUCACUGCCUCCCCACCCCAACCUUUGAGCUGCUUACAGUGCUCUGCACAUAGUAAGCGCUCAAUAAAUACGAUUGAUUGAUUGAUGUGGGAUGGGGAGGUGCUGCCACUCACGUCUCCGUGGUGGAUCCUGCCCUGCCUGCCCAACCCUCUCUAAGGCACCUGGCCGCUCUUCCCCUUGGCUGUGUUCCUGCUCUCCUGGACUCCCAUGCCUUCUGGUGGGCUGCUGGACCAGGAGGGAAUACGAUCGUCUGGGGUGAGAAAGUCCUCUCCUUGCCCCCCCGCAACCACCCCGAGCCCCACAGGGAGGGGAACGCAGGGAAGGCCACGGACAAAGCCCAUUUGAACUCCGCCGCUGCUGGCUGCCAAUGCCGCCUCAGCCGGUAACUCGCCGGUCUUCCCAGCCCAAGCCCCCUACGUCCUGCAGCCACUCCACUCAGUGCAAGUUUCAGAAAGGCUGUCGACCUGGAGUCAGAAAAGAAAUUGAGCUUCUUCCGGGGGUGGAGGUGGGGGAUGUGGCUUGUGGGCUCAGGAAGGGGUCCUCUUGCCUGGGAAAGAGCAUUUGGUGAAUUGGAGGUGAAAGAGAGCUAUUGAUGACGCCAGAGGGCAGCACGGUAGGUGGGUCUGGGGGACGCAGGGAUUCUCAGUUCACGGCCUCCAAGGACUGGCCAGUUUUCAUUUUGCACAGCACAGGGACGCCAUAGGCUCACAUCCCCUGCCUUUCACGGUCACGUCGGAGUGGCCGCGCGCGAACUCAGAAGUCCCCUCAUUUUUACCGCCCUCCUGCCCUCUUAGAGUUGGAUGACUCCUGACUGCCUUCUACUAUUUCUGCAAGAGGUUCACUUUGUGCGAUUUUUUUUCCCUAUCUCUGUGGCCUGGGAAAUUGACCCAGCCCCUCUGGACCAUGACACCAGGCCUUGUUCUUCAAUUCCCAUCCAAGGCUCCUCUGGUUGCAUUGUGUUUGCUUCCUACAGCAUUUCAGUGCACAUUUUGUAAACCCUGUGCUUAAAAAAAAGAAUAGAAAAGAAAAAAUCGUACACUUCCACCCACCUGUAAAAACCCAGCCCUGUUUUUUCUUCUUUGUCCUUCUCCUCUGCUCUUUCUCCCAUCUGGCCUCUUCCCCCCCCACUCCCUCUCCCCCAGGCUGUGGAGAUGGAGGGAAGAUAAAGAAGGACAAGGGAAGGGUGGAAUAUGCCUGCUUUCACUCCCAGGGGCGUUGCGGUUGCGGGGCGGCACAAAGGCGUCAACCUGCCCCCACUCCGCAGCUGAGCAUGCAGUCCCCUGCGCCCGAUCCAACCCACGGAAGCCCCCGGCCUCUUUCUCCCAAUUGGGGGUGGAGGGUAAAGGGAACGGGACAUCUUGACGUGUCUCAGGGGUGGUGUUGGGAGCAGGAAAGGGGGAUCCUGAAAGGGCAGUGUGGAAGAAAGGCCAGAUGAGAGAUGACCCACAGGCCCCAUGCUGCCAAUAAGGAGUGAGGAGGGCAGGGCCGGACCGGCUUUGGGUUCCGUCGGGCUUCACUUGGAACAGAUGCUUUGGGAGAGUGGCACGGUAGCUUCCCUAAGGGGCCGGGGCGACGGUCCUGCUUCCUCAAGAAGUCCCUCGCGCUUCAGUUUUCAAUCGAUGAUCCAAUCUGCCCUAAAGAAAACCUCAAACAGACCCCCAGCGGGCAAAAGCCUGUGGCCACUGAGGCAGCUUCUGUAGGGGGACGGGGCGGGGGACAGGCAAAUUGCCACCGCCACCUGCACCCUGCCACUGCGGCCAUGGAGGACCACCCACCCGACUCCUCAGGCACUGACCCUGCAGCCCUGGGAGGGGCCCGCCCCCAAGCAGGAGAGCCUGGUGGCCUUCCACGCUUCCUUCCCAUUUUUCAGUCAGCGUCGCAUCACUGUGGAACCUUGUGCAUAAAUGGUACUGAGAUGUAAGUGGGAUUCACAGCAACAACGGAGGCAGAACGGAUCGGCCGUGCAGGGCGUCACUCCGUCAGUUUCAUUUUGCUUUAUUUUAUAUAUAUAUAUUUUUUUGGUAUCCUGUACAUUGCAGUGGGUGUGAAGAUAGUAUUUUAAUAUUUGUACAAAGUUUAAUUUAAUUUUAAUUGUUCUAUGUAUAUAGCUGCAUUUCUAAAUAAUAAAAAAAGGAAAAGUUUCUUUUGAAGUGACA